AUGGAUUGCAGUGACUUUUCUUUGGUGCAACCAAAGAAUCGCCGUGGCGAUACGCGAGUCCAGCCAUGGAAGUCUCACUGGCCACCCAGCAAAGAAGAUUUGGUCGAAUCUGAAGUUCACCAGCCAGGGGCUGAGCUCGAUCGCGCUUCUUUACUACUGAAGAGCGCUCAAGGUGGUGGGGUUGGCAAGAACAGGCUCAAGCUUUACAAGAUCGAUGAUGAUGAACCGGAAAUGAAGAAAGAAGAAAAGGCCGAACAGCGGCCUGCUGAGACAUGA